AAUAACCAAGUCAUCAAUCAAAUCAUUCAGAAAUUUAAUACAGAAAAUAUAACCACAAAAGUUUAUUUAAUAAUAUUCAAUGACAUUAGCUAUAAACUUAAAGUAUAUUGUUUAAACUAUUUAACUGUCUUUCAAACGAAACAAAUUAAUGUUACUGCAUUUAAUGAUUAACAAAAGGAAACUUAUUUAUUCUUUUUAAAAUAAUAUAAAAUUUAUUUAUUGUUGAUUCUAGUGUUGAUGUAAUCAAAUGUUUAUGAAAAUUAAAUUAUAUAGUGAAUAUAUAUCAUUUCAAAUUGAUAAACAAUGAAUAGAGAUAGUGUGUAAUCAUUAUAUAACAUUUGUCUUAUUAAUCGCUUAAUUAAUAUAAAUGAAAUGUUCCAAAAAUGUAACGCUAGAAUAUAUAUUUUUAUCUGUAUUCAAUAAAAGCUCUGAAUGUUGUAACAGAUGAGUUUUGUGAACAAAAUACAUACCUAUUUAUUCUCACGCUUAAAACUGAUUGGAACUCGAAAAAUGACAUCUAAAAGUACAAAACCUCAAGUAUCUACUAUCAACAACAUCGUGCAAGAGGAAGUAUCAUUAAAAGGAGCUAAAGAUAGAUUGAAAAAGAUUUUCUACACUGGACUGAAUUCUGUGAAACCUCACAAAAUUAUUCAAAACAAAGUAACAUUCAAGAAUAAUGAAUUGUGCAUCGAUGGAACUGUGCUUACUCUUAAAGAAAGAGUUUAUUUAGUGGGAUUUGGCAAAGCUGUAAUGGGCAUGGCUAUAGCAAUAGAAAAGUUGCUUAAAAAUCAAUUGAUAAAAGGCAUUGUUAGUAUUCCAAGAGGAUUAAAAAGUAAGAUAUGGGAGAACGUCGACAACGACUCCUUUCCUCUACUUACUGGGGUAAUAGACUAUAGAGAAAACAGUUUAAAUAAUCAACCAGAUGAUGAUACUUUAAUAGUAACUCAAGAAAUAAUUAAUUUAGCAAAAUCUUUAACUGAAAAAGACACUUUAAUAGUUUUAAUAUCUGGGGGAGGAUCGGCUUUAUGCUCAAUGCCUCAUCCAUCAAUUACUUCAGAAGAGAAAUUGAAUAUUUGUAAGAAACUAUUUAAUUCAGGAGCCGAUAUCAAAGAAGUUAAUUUAAUCAGACAAAAAUUAUCAAUGGUAAAGGCAGGAGGACUCGCUAAAAUAGCUUAUCCUGCUCAAGUUAUUGGAUUAAUUUUAUCAGAUAUUAUUGGAGAUCCUGUAGAGUUAAUUGCAUCUGGACCAACUGUUUACAGUGUAAGAGAUCCUGAAAUAAUUGAAACGAUAUUAAAAAAGUAUGACUUGUUGGAUAAAGUUGAAGAUAAUUUGAAACAUAUUCUUUUGGAACGUGAAUCCAAUGAAGAUAAACUGUUUAUCGACAAAAUUGAUAAUAAAGAUCAAUUUCUUCAUGUGAACAAUUUUAUAAUUGGUAAUAAUUCAUUAGCUAUUGCUAAUGCUAAAAUUGAAACCAUCAGGCAGUCUUUGAAUCCUAUCGUUUUGUGUAAUAAUAUUGAAGGAUUGGUUAGUGAAGUCAGUUUAAUGUACUCAGAGUUAUGUCAACUGAUCUGCGAAGCUUGGAGUAAAGUAAUUUCUAAAGAGGAAUUUCAAGAAGCAUUGAAAAAUCAUCAAGGUCUUUCCUGGUUAAGUGGACGAGCAAAUGAAAUUUAUCAAGUCCUUGAAGUAACUGAAGGUCAAGGUUUAGUUUUAAUCGCAGGUGGAGAACCUACAAUAAUAGUAAAAGGAUCCGGAAAAGGUGGAAGAAAUCAAGAACUUGCUCUCACAUUCUCUUUUGACUGGUAUAAAGCUGUUAUGAAUAAUUCUAAGUUGAAUCCGUAUGAUGUAUUAUUUCUCAGUGCUGGUACUGAUGGACAAGACGGACCCACAGACGCGACAGGAGCUUUUGGAUAUGCUGGAAUAAAUUUUUCUAUAGUCAACAGUCAACAAGUUGUAAAUAAUAGACAAGUAAAUGAAAAAAACAAUACUUAUCUUGAAGCAAAGGUAGAAAGUGUGAGUUUAGAAAAUGUAUUAAAGAAUAAUGAUUCCUACUCUUUUUAUUCAUGGUUUAAAGAAGGUGAUGAUUUAUUGAAAACUGGAUUUACUGGAACUAAUGUGAUGGAUUUGCAUUUAAUUUAUAUUAAAAAACGACAAUGUAAAUGUUUAAACGAAAUUGAAAAAGAAAAUAGUAAAGAAGAACAUUGCAAAUGUUGAAAAAAUA